AUGGCGCAAGAACCUCGACCUCCAUUCGCCACUUAUCUCAUUCCCUCCUUCCAUUUCUUUUUCCGCAGACGCUCACACGAUCAUGAAUCGCAGAGGCAGAGACAGCAGUCUACUUCUAGCACCGUCUCCGACAAUGUACCUUCGCUAAGCUAUUCCCCCCCAAAUACUCUCCGAUGCAUCACCUGCGCUACGGACAUUGCUCUUGCAUCACAAAUCGUCUCGAAAGGCUUCACAGGCCGUCAUGGUCGCGCGUACCUAGUUUCGGCUCCCAUUUCGCUUUCUCAGGCUUCAUAUCCACCUCCAAUUCCUAAUUCUACCAACAAAGACCAUGAGUGGAAGCCGGAUGAGCUUAUCAAUACUAAGACCGGAAGGAGGGUGAAUAGAGAGUUGUUGACUGGUAUGCAUGUUGUGGCAGACGUUAGUUGCAAUAUUUGCGCUACCACGUUGGGCUGGAAAUACGUGGAUGCGAAGGAGCCAAGUCAGAAAUAUAAAGUUGGGAAAUUCAUUUUGGAGAUGAAGAGGGUGGUGUUGAGAGUGGGAUGGGAGGAUGUGACGGAUGAUGAGAUAGAUGAGGAUGAUGGUGUGAGAGAGUAUUUGGAAGAGGAGGGAGAAGGAGAGGAAGGUGGACCAGUGGUGUUUGAUAGCGAGGAUGAGGACGAGUGCGAUGAUCUCUUUGCUGGCGUGUGGGACGCAGAAGUGGUGAGGAAGAGGAGGGGAAGAAGAGUUGGAGGUUGGAAGAGAGAUUAUUGA